GAAGGAGAAACCCCUCCUUCCCCCCCUACCCAAUCCCGGCUGCGCCUCCUCCCGGCUACCAGCUCGCUCGCCUGCGCGCCGCGGGGCUGCCUGCAGGGAAGCCCCUUCCCCACCGCACCGUGCGUCCGCACUGCACCCCCAGCCCUGCCCCCAGCUGCCGCCGAGACCCGAAGUCGAUCCAGCCAUGGCGACUCCCUCUGCUGCCUUUGAGGCCCUUAUGAAUGGAGUGACAAGCUGGGAUGUCCCUGAAGAUGCCAUCCCAUGUGAAUUGCUUCUAAUUGGAGAGGCCUCCUUCCCAGUGAUGGUGAAUGACAUGGGCCAGGUUCUCAUUGCUGCCUCUUCCUAUGGCCGAGGUCGCCUGGUGGUGGUGUCCCAUGAGGACUACUUGGUAGAGGCCCAGCUCACUACCUUUCUCCUCAAUGCAGUGGGUUGGCUCUGUUCUUCCCCUGGGGCUCCCAUUGGUGUACACCCAUCCCUGGCACCCCUGGCCAAAAUCCUUGAGGGUUCUGGGGUGGAGGCGAAGAUUGAGCCGGAAGUGAAAGACUCCCUCGGGGUUUACUGCAUUGAUGCCUAUAAUGAAACCAUGACGGAAAAGUUGGUCAAGUUUAUGAAACGUGGAGGGGGCUUGCUCAUUGGAGGCCAGGCCUGGGACUGGGCCAAUCAGGGCGACGACGAAAGGGUGCUUUUCACAUUCCCUGGCAACCUCGUGACCAGUGUGGCCGGCGUGUACUUCACCGACAACAAAGGGGACACAAGUUUCUUUAAAGUCUCCAAGAAGAUGCCCAAGAUCCCAGUCUUAGUUAGCUGUGAAGAUGAUCUCUCCGAGGACAGAGAGGAGCUCCUGCAUGGGAUUUCAGAGCUGGACAUCAGCAACUCAGAUUGCUUCCCCUCCCAGCUUCUUGUGCAUGGGGCUCUAGCCUUUCCCCUGGGGUUAGAUUCCUAUCACGGCUGUGUCAUAGCGGCUGCUCGCUAUGGCCGGGGCCGGGUGGUGGUGACUGGCCACAAGGUAUUAUUCACCGUGGGAAAACUGGGCCCCUUUCUGCUCAAUGCUGUUCGCUGGCUGGAUGCAGGCCGCCGAGGCAAGAUCGUGGUGCAGACGGAACUCAGGACACUGAGCGGCUUGCUCGCGGUCGGGGGCAUAGACACCAGCAUUGAGCCCCAUCUGACCAGUGAUGCAAGUGUCUAUUGCUUUGAACCCGUGAGUGAUGUGGGGGUCAAAGAGCUGCAGGAGUUUGUAGCUGAGGGUGGGGGAUUGUUUGUUGGAGCCCAGGCCUGGUGGUGGGCCUUCAAGAACCCUGGAGUGUCUCCUUUGGCUCGCUUCCCAGGAAACCUCCUCCUCAACCCCUUUGGCAUCAGCAUCACAAGCCAAAGCCUUAAUCCAGGGCCCUUCCGUACGCCUAAAGCAGGGAUAAGGACCUAUCACUUCCGCACCACACUGGCCGAGUUCCAAGUCAUAAUGGGCAGGAAAAGAGGGAACGUGGAAAAGGGCUGGUUGGCCAAGCUGGGGCCAGACGGUGCAGCUUUCCUGCAGAUCCCCGCCGACGAGAUCCCUGCAUACAUGUCUGUGCAUCGGCUCCUGAGGAAGCUCCUGAGUCGGUAUCGGCUCCCAGUCGCAACCCGAGAGAACCCUGUUAUCAAUGACUGCUGCAGGGGGGCUAUGCUUUCCCUGGCCACUGGCUUGGCCCACUCUGGAAGUGACCUCUCUCUGUUAGUGCCAGAAAUUGAAGACAUGUACAGCAGCCCCUAUCUGCGCCCCUCGGAGUCUCCUAUCACCGUUGAGGUCAACUGCAACAAUCCAGGCACUAGAUAUUGCUGGAUGAGCACCGGGCUCUACAUUCCUGGAAGGCAGAUUAUAGAGGUCUCGCUGCCUGAAGCCGCUGCCUCUGCUGAUCUGAAGAUACAGAUCGGCUGCCACACGGAUGACCUGACCAGAGCCAGCAAGCUGUUCCGAGGUCCGCUCGUGAUUAACCGGUGCUGCUUGGACAAGCCCACCAAGUCCAUUACCUGCCUCUGGGGCGGCCUGCUCUAUAUCAUCGUGCCGCAGAGCAGCAAACUGGGCUCUGUGCCCAUCACUGUUAAGGGGGCUGUGCAUGCCCCAUACUAUAAGCUGGGGGAGACCUCCCAGGAGGAGUGGAAGAGGCGCAUCCAGGAGAAUCCAGGUCCCUGGGGAGAGCUGGCUACGGACAACAUCAUCCUGACAGUGCCAACCGCCAACCUCCGAACGCUGGAGAACCCCGAGCCGCUGCUUCGCCUCUGGGACGAGGUGAUGCAGGCUGUGGCACGGCUGGGGGCCGAGCCCUUCCCUCUGCGUCUGCCUCAGAGGAUCGUUGCUGACGUGCAGAUCUCAGUUGGCUGGAUGCAUGCGGGGUACCCCAUCAUGUGCCAUCUGGAAUCUGUGCAAGAGCUCAUCAAUGAGAAGCUGAUCAGAACCAAGGGGCUGUGGGGACCCGUCCAUGAGCUCGGCCGCAACCAGCAGCGGCAGGAGUGGGAGUUCCCCCCACACACCACCGAGGCCACCUGCAAUCUGUGGUGUGUUUACGUGCAUGAAACAGUCUUGGGCAUCCCUCGAGGUCGCGCCAAUAUUGCUCUGUGGCCCCCAGUUCGGGAGAAGAGAGUCCGAAUCUACCUGGGCAAGGGUCCCAAUGUGAAAAACUGGAAUGCGUGGACUGCCCUGGAAACGUAUCUACAGCUACAGGAGGCCUUUGGUUGGGAGCCAUUCAUCCGUCUCUUCACUGAGUAUAGGAACCAGACCAACUUGCCCACAGACAAUGUGGACAAAAUGAAUCUGUGGGUGAAGAUGUUCUCCCACCAAGUGCAGAAGAAUCUGGCUCCGUUCUUUGAGGCCUGGGCCUGGCCUAUCCAGAAGGAAGUGGCUACCAGCCUGGCCUAUCUGCCUGAAUGGAAGGAAAAUAUUAUGAAAUUAUACCUCCUCACACAGAUGUAAGGAGUGCCCAGCGAGGUGGCAGGCCCCACUGAAAUUGAAGUCAAGAAAUGCAAAAGAGAAGUGAAAACAUCUCGGCAAAGAAAACUGAACAGAUUUGAUUAUAAGUGAAGAACAUCUCAACACAUUUCUGAAAGAGAGAAAGAGGAUGAAGCAUGACAAUGAAUGAAAGACUGAAGGUAUCUUUCAGAUAGAAGCUGAUCUGAACAACAUAAUCCCAAAGAAAAGUGAGCACCUGAAAAGUCUAUAAAGAAUUAUACCAGUUGUAAAAGUGAAACCAAUCCUACCCUGCCCCAACCAUUGUGCUUAGAACAGAGGCAGACCAUUAUUGGUAUCCAUUAAAAAUCUACUGUUCUUGUAAUUGUUUGUAUAGAAAUUGAAUAAACUGCCUGAGGAGAGGUAGGAGUUGGUGUCCCAGAAUAAAAUUUCUCUUUUUGUCGAAAUAAGUGACCUCCUAGCCUAUCAGCUAAUUCUCUGACUAUGGAAACCCCUGCUCAAGUGACCCAAGUGCUUCUAGUCCUAGAAGAGGCUUAUUGGAGAAACAGACCCAACCAUACACUGGCAGGGGAUACCCAUGCCAACCCCUGUAACAGUUAACAAUUACUUGAUUCUUAAAUGCAAAUAGUCAGCUAGGAACCCCCAGUCUCUGGGCAUCGGGGGUUGAAGGGAGAGGACACGGGAGGAGCAGAUAAGAAAAAUGACCAGUUAGAAUUUGGAGACCUGAAAAGUGAACAUGGAAAGAAUAACUUUAAAAUCUGUAUCUUCAGAGAGAUUGCAGGUGUAAUUGUAAGACAAGUUCAGAAUGCUACAAACAAAGGAGAAACAGAAUAAAAAGAGCUCUUGAAAGUGAAAUUAAACUGCCCAAAAUAUCCAAUAGGCAGGCCGGAAAAUAAAGUUGAAGGAAGCCCCUUAGAUAUAGAACAAAAAGAAAUAGCAGAGAAAAUGAGGAAAGGAAAAGAUCUAGACAAUCAAUAUCUAAGCAUUAGGACUAUCUGGAAAAGAGAACACACAAAAUAUAGGUGAGGAAGUAAAAUGGAAAAAAAUGAAGAACAAAAAGAACUAAGUCUCCAGAUUGAGGGUUCCCAAUGAAACCUGUAUCUAGACAGAAUCUUGUGAACUUCUGGAAUAUUAAGUAUACAGGGAAGAUAUUAAAAGGGUCCACAGAGAAAAUAAAGUUAAGUCAUCACCAUUAGCUCAUCCAAAAAACGAAUAAGAAAUAGACUGGCAGCAGAUUUUUCAUUAGCAACACUGAAUGCUAGAAGCCAGUGGAGCAAUCGCUUAUGGAAGAUUUUUGUACUCGGAAUACUAUUGCAAGCCAAAUUGCCUCAAGUAGUGUCAAAAUAAAGACAUUUUCUGACAUGCAACUUUUCAGUCGACCUACUUCGAAUCCUUUCUGAGGAAGUACACUGAGAAGUUCUCUGACAAGAUAAAAAAGAAACCCAAGGAAAGAGGAAAAUAUAGAAUCCAGAAAACAAUGCAUCUCACCCAGGCUGUCUCACUCUAGAGUGAGAGUUGUCCAGCAGGAUGUGUCAUUUUAGCAACCCAUUUUAGAUGAGAAUACACCGUCUCAGCCUCUUUGGAGAAAGUGUGCAUUCUGUUCCAUAGUUUCUUUGAGAAGCUGGAAUGUUUGAGAGUAUGGAGACAUACAUUCUUUACUCAGCAAAAAGAAAAUGGAAAUGUGUCAAGACAUUCAGGUCCAAUUGUGAAACAACAAAAA